AUGCGCGCCCGGCCCCUGGCUCUUUUCCUGGGGACAGGCUGCUUCUGCAUCAUAGCCCUGGCUCUACGCCAUCACAUCUUCCAAGUCGCCGAGGUUGCGCGCACCUAUGCUACAUUCCACCGCCUCGUCGAGAAGCACCCCGAGCUCCUCUACCGAUACCCUGAGCCCGCCGAGGGCCCGGAGCGCGUACCGAAGCGAAUCCACCACAUCGCCCUGGGCGGGGGGACCCAGGUCUCCGAGCACGACGAGGCGAUACGGAGCUGCCGCGAGCCUCAUCCUACGUGGGAGCACCACGUCUGGACCGACGACAAGGCCGUCGAGUUCCUCCAGGAGCAUUACCCAGACAUCCUCCCUCACUACACUGGGUACGCCCAGAACAUACAGCGAGCCAACGUCCUGCGAUAUGCCCUGCUUCACAAGCUCGGCGGUGUCUACCUCGACCUCGACGUGUCGUGUCACGUCGCCCUCGACUCGACGCCCAUCGUCAGGCUGCCCCUGGUGACCCCGGGGGCGUACCCCGCCGGCGUGAACAACGCCUUCAUCGCCGCGCAGCCCCGUCACCCCUUCCUGGCCCGGGUCCUCGACCAGGUGCCCCACCACGACAUGUUCUGGGGCGUCCCGAUGCGCAUCCCCUACGUGGAGAACAUGAUGAGCACCGGCUGCAUGUUCUUCACGAACCGGUGGAUGUCGCAUGUCCGCGACCUGUUGGCCGGGCGGCAGGACCAGCCCGUGUACGUCCUGGCCGACGCCGAGGGCCGCAUGGAGCCUCACAUGCUGCGCGGGAGGGUCACGACGCCCCUCUUCACCCACGGCGGGGCGAGCAGCUGGCACGGCUGGGACGCAGCCUUGAUCCUCGUCAUUGGCAAGCACUACCUCGUCUUUGGGGCUCUGCUCUGCGCGACCGUGGUCGGAACAGGCCUCGCGGCAGUCCACUUGUGCAAGGCCUCCCGCAGACGAUCAUGGUUCCGUCGGAGGAGCUGGACAGCCGGUUUGGCAAAGGGGGCGUAG